CCUAACGGUUGCUUGUACCUACUGCACUGGACGUCGUGCUGCCGGAAGCCCGCCCUGCGAGGCACACACCCCGCCUACCGCCCAUCAUCAUCCUCUUUCCCGCUUGCUUGCUGCUUCUGUCCACUCACUCACCCACCCACUUCACCCACCCACCGUUUCGUCCCAUCCAUUCCAUACCUCAUACAUGAUUGCAAACCGAUAGCCAGCGGACAGACAGGCAGACAUACAUACCAACAGACAGACGGACAGACAGACUUCACUCUGCAGGCCACGCACGCACGCACACACGCAUCCCGCAUCCCACAUAUCCCACAUCCCGGCCACACGCCCGCUCGUCCAAUACACACUCUCUUCUCUGUACCCCCAGAGCCUAUAGAGCCGCCUGCCCUGCCCUGGCCUGUCCUGUCCUGCCUGCUUGCCUGCCUGACUGCCCGCCUACACCUUUUGCUUUUGUGCCCGUCACCACUCGCUGCUGCUGCUGCUGCUGCGCUGUGUAAUCCACUCCCUACGCGCCGCCGCACCCUCUCCUGCUGCUGCUGCUGCUGUCUCCCCGUCCAUCCCAUCCGCCCGCUAUGGAGCAACAACCCCAACCUCACCACCUCGCGCCCCAGUCAGCACGCAAGUUGCUCAAGAAGUCAAAGGGCCCGCCAAUCAGCUUCGAAACCCGUCAACCUCAACACACCAGCCUGCGUCGCGCCCCGAGUGCUCCCUCUCACCCAAGCUUCCAACCCUCCGCCCCUGCUGCUCCCCACCGCGCUCCUUCGCUGCGACACUCUCCCUCGGCCGGCUUCAACCCUUCGCAAUCCUCGUCCAACUCCCUGCGCACCACCCCCGAGCUGGUCGGCCAGCCCUUCGACGUCGCCGCCAUACAAGAGAGCAUCAACAAGGCCAAAGCAUACCAGUCCAACGCCAACAACAACUUCGUGCCCACCACCGCCGCUGCCGCUGCCACUCGCCCCAUCCUGCAGCACUCGUCCACCGACAUCCCCACCCGUCAGAAGGGUCUGCGAGCCAGUGCUUCCUUCACCGCCCUCGCCCAGCGCAGCAAGAUGGAUACCCCACCACGCUCCGACGGCGGCACUCCUCGCCAGCGCUAUUCCGACGAGCACGAAACCACCAGCAAAGCCUCCAAGCGCAAAUCCGAUGGCGGCAAGAAGAAGGGCACCUUUUCCAGCCUCUUCUCCGGCUUCUCCUCACCGCGUCGGCCCACCAUCUCCACCCCCACUAACCCAAUGCACGUCACCCACGUCGCCAUAGACAACGUGACGGGUGAAUUCACCGGCCUGCCAAGGGAAUGGCAGCGUAUGCUGCAGCAGAACGGCAUCACCGAGCAAGAGCAGAAGCAGCACCCCCAGGCCGCCGUCGAUGUCGUGACUUUCUACAAGGACACAGCCGAGAAGGACAGCGACGAUGCCAUUUGGGACAAGAUGGGCCCCACCCACCCUCAAGCGUACGCAUACCAAGCAAAUGUGACUCCGGGCUAUGGUACCAUCCAGCCGCUCUUGAGCCCGCCCCAGAGCCCCCGCUUCCCCCGUUCGCAGGACCAGGACAGCUUCGAGAACCCCCGUGCUCCUCCUCCAAUCCCUCGGGGUGGCCUCACUUCUCCCGGCUUGACCUCGCCCGCCGCCUCGCCCCAGAUCAACGGUGCGCUGAUACCGAAUCGGCCCGCUCCAAAGCCUCCAGCAGCCUCCUCUGGCCCACCAUCUGCCCGCCCAGUCCAGCCUGCUCCCAGCCCGGCUAUCUCUCAACAUCCUACCCUCAGUCCGCGCCAGGACGAACAUGCUGCUCAAGUCGCCUAUGCUCCUCCUCUGGCCACAGAUGGAUUGUCUUCGGCUCCGCGCAGUCGUGCCAACACCGGUGGCACCCCGCCUCGCUUCGACUCGCCAGCCAGCGCGACCCCCAUGUCCCCUGCUCAGCAAUACCAGCAGCAACAGGCCCAGGCGAUUGCAGCAGCUCAGCAGUCCAUGAAGCCCCAACUGGCCAGGACCACCAGCCAAACCACAGCGCAACCCCAGCAGGUCCAGCUUCCCCCCCCCACUUCUGUGCCGUCACAAGCAGCGCAGCCGUCGCCGCAGCAGCAAUUCGCACAGCAAUCUGACCCGCAAAACAUCCCACUGCCCUCGCAACAACCUCGCGUGGGACCUGCGCCCCCUGGACCUCGCGCCCGCCAGAGGCCGAGGCAAAGCCAGGGCCCGGAUAUCGUUGCUAAACUCAACGCAAUCUGCACCAACGCGGAUCCCAACACGAGAUAUCGCAACUUGAACAAGAUUGGGCAGGGUGCCUCGGGAGGCGUGUUUUCUGCAUACGAAAUCAGUACCAACAAGUGCGUGGCCAUCAAACAGAUGAAUCUGGAGCAGCAGCCCAAGAAGGAUUUGAUCAUCAACGAAAUUUUGGUCAUGAAGGACAGCAGACACAAGAAUAUCGUCAAUUUCAUGGACAGUUUUCUGGUUCGAGGUGACUUGUGGGUGGUCAUGGAGUACAUGGAAGGAGGUAGCUUGACUGAUGUCGUCACUUUCAACAUCAUGUCUGAAGGGCAGAUAGCUGCCGUCUGUCGCGAGACUCUCAAUGGCUUGCAACAUUUGCACUCCAAGGGCGUUAUCCAUCGUGACAUCAAAUCCGAUAACAUUCUCCUCUCCUCGGAAGGCAACAUCAAGCUGACCGAUUUCGGCUUCUGCGCUCAAAUCAAUGAGAGCCACAACAAGCGAACAACCAUGGUAGGUACUCCGUACUGGAUGGCGCCCGAAGUCGUCACCCGAAAGGAAUAUGGCCGAAAAGUCGACAUCUGGUCUCUCGGCAUCAUGGCUAUCGAGAUGAUUGAAGGAGAACCCCCCUACCUCAACGAAAGCCCACUCCGUGCACUCUGGCUCAUCGCAACCAAUGGCACACCUACCAUCAAGGAGGAGCAUUCGCUGUCGUCCGUCUUCCGCGACUUCUUGCACUUUUCUCUCAAAGUCGAUCCCGAUAAGCGGGCUAGCGCUCAUGAUCUACUUACCCACCCCUUCAUACAAACAGCUGAACCGCUCAACACGCUUGCUCCGCUAGUCUUGGCUGCCAGAAAAGCCAGGGCGGAAGAGAGACGCAAGAAAGGUGGCCCAGAGGCGCUGCAAUGUCAUGACAUCGAUCUCCCAACAGGGAGCGCAACUAUUUCGUACACCGAAUGGUAUCAUAAUGUCGAUGAGUUGUAG